GGCGCUUACUGAGAGGCGGGAGGGGGGCCACCUCUGUGGGUUCCUGUCAGUGACUACGACUCCCAUCAGCGCCGAGCCUUGGCCGGCCUGGCUGAGGCUGCCGGGAGUUGUAGUCCAGCGGCCCCUGACAGGCCCGGCCUCCUCUGCCACCGCCGCCCCUGGUUGCUCAUUGGGGGUGGGAAAGGGAGCCCCCCCCCUACGUCCUCCCGCCCCGGUGCCUGUCGGGCCUCAGCCCUGGCCCCGCUGGAGCCGGCGGGAAGGCUCCUCGGCGACCACCGCAGAAGGAGCGAGGCGGGCCCGGAGGGGGGCAGGCGCUAGGCCUCCGCUGCGGGCUCCGCCUCCGCCGGGCCGAGAGGGACGGGAGGAGGAGGAAGAGGAGCCGCCGCCGGGGGAACCAUGCCGGCCCGCGCCCUGCCGAGCCCCGCGGCCGCCCUUGGCCCGUGAGCGGCUCCCCGUCGCCCGCCUCGCCGCCAUGAAGAGCCCCAAGGAAGACGCGCACGAGUCGCCCGCAGGAUGGGUGUGAAUGUAGAGAAGAACCUUAGUUGUGCCAAAAACUGUCUUCCUGACGGUGGUGUCCUCUUUUCCUGCAGUGGACAAUGUGCAGCUGGACGUGCCAAUCCUUCAGCAGUUGUACCACUGGGACUGUGGGCUGGCUUGCUCCAGGAUGGUUCUGCAGUACCUGAACCUCCUGAACGACGACGAGUUCCAGAAAGCCAUUCAAGACCUCCAGAUGACGGAGAGCAUCUGGACCAUCGAUUUGGCCUACCUGAUGCGUCAUUUUGGGGUGAAGCAUCGUUUCUGCACACAGACCCUGGGGGUGGACAAGGGCUACAAGAACCAGGUUUCUUACCCCGAGAGGAAUCUGUUCUGACCAGGCUUGUCCUCUUCCUCCUUCAGUCAUUCUACAGGAAACACUUUGACACAGAAGAGAACCGAGUCAACCAGCUGUUUGCACAAUCCAAAGCCUGUAAAGUGCUGGUAGAGAAACGCACAGUGACUGUUCGGGACAUCCAGGAUCACCUUGCCCAAGGCCAUGUGGCCAUUGUGCUGGUCAACGCCGUCCUGCUGCUCUGUGACCUCUGCUCCAACCCGGUCAAAUAUUGUUGCUUUCUCCCAACCGGCCAGAAGUGCUUCUGCAGAAGUCCUGACUACCAGGGCCAUUUCGUUGUCUUGUGUGGCUACAGCAAAGCCUCAGGGAGUAUUUAUUACAACAAUCCUGCCUAUGCUGACCGAACAUGCCGAACCAGCAUCAAUAACUUUGAGGAAGCCAGAACCAGUUACGGCACCGAUGAAGACAUCCUGUUUGUUUACAGAGACAGCUGACCUCCUGGAGCUGCCAGGGCUUCCACGUCCAUCACUAGCCAGCUUGCAACAGCAGUAGCAGCAGCAGCAGCAGCAGCAGCAGCCUUAUCUCAGGGCUGCAAGAAACUUUGCUCCCACACUGCAGCAGGACCACAAAGAAGGGAUGCUUUAGGAUCUAAACUGGUAUUAAAUUGUUUUGUUAUGAGCCACCUUGGCGGGGGGGGGGGGGGGAAUGUAUCCAGAAAGCCAGGCUCUAAAUUGGCUGAAAUAAAUACAUUUUAGAUUGGGAUCUACUCCUAGAUCUCUGGGUGGGUUGCAGUAGAUCAUGAAGGACGUCAGACUCCCAAUUUUGUAAUCGCAGCAAUGUGAAAGACUCAAAAGGCCAGGAGUGGGUUUUUACAUCUGGCUCCAGUUGGUGGGCCUCCAAGCUCUAUUUGGAAAUAAAAAGUAGAUCCUGCAAGCGUGAAAUCUUCCCUGCCCUGCCUCUAAACCUACAGAGAGCAGCAUGGCGGUCCUGUUGCCAUCUUUUUAGUUUUGAUGAAGAUGAAAAUAGCUUGUGUAUAGCGACUGUAAUAUUUAAACGUAUGUGUGUAUUUUUAAAAUUUGCACAUUUUGAGAAGUUUUCAAAUGCGGACUUGGACUUCUUUUCCUGUUGGCCCCUUUUGACAGGAACAAAAGUCUUAGUAUUCACUUCCACGCCAAAUUCAUGAAUUCCCCGCGCCCAAGAGAAGCUCAACGCAGAAAGGGACAAGAGUUAGUCCUCCUUUCUUUACUGUAAGGGCUGAUCUUUCACCCAGUUUGGGUGUCUAAUAAUCAGGGAACAGAAUAACAUAAACAGCCUAGGAUUAUUGGAUAUUGGGGGAAGGAGCAACAAGAGGAAGUAGACCACAUACGUAUGCCAGCAUCACCUGCAAACCACAAUGUGUGGAUUCUCACAGCUGCUUUUGAUGCAUAAAGGGUUUCUGGUAGCCAGGGCCUUUUUCAUGAGGUCAGGUGGCAGGGAAUUAAAAGGCAUUGCAGUUGUAACUGCAGACCCUUCAAAGUGGUUGGAUGAAUCAGUUCUUUGCAUACCAUCAGUUUGUUUUCAGAUAAUCUCAGUUUAAUUGCUGUCAUGUUGAGCGUUCUUUUUUAGUGAGGGGCUGCCAAAUUGUGAUUGUACUAGGUCCUCUCUAAAGAAAUUAAAGGUUUUAAAAUACAAGAUUAGAAUCUCUUGAUACCUUUGGUCCCAAAUCCAGCACAAUUAACCUUUGUUUAACACAUCAGUUGCAAACGGCUGUCAGCCAGGAGACGCUCUGAACACAGAGUAUCCUCCAUCACCAGCGCUCUCUAGUGAGAACUGGUGACAGCUCUUCACAGCCUCAGGCUUAAGGCUAGUGUUUUAAGAUAAAAACCUAUGUUUGGGUCAGAUCCAUUUGGCCCUAGAAAGCAGACCUGAACUACUUGCUAAAGCAAGUGCAGCUGGCAGCAGCAUGACUCCAAAGUCUGGGUAGGGAGGGAAACUUUGUUACAUGUUCGAAAGCUGUAAUUUGAGGCCGGGAUUGUGUUGAUAAGAAGAUUGCUUGAGGACUUCCAAGACAACCCAGCAGCUUGGCUCAGAAGUGCUGUUUAUAUAAUUGGAGGCAGGGAAAAUUCUCUUGGCUGCAGUUCAGGACGAUUCUAGCCGGAGUCCAGACUGUUCUACCUCAUCACACUGCACUCAUGUUUUUGGAUUCAACUCAGGGAUGUACAUGGCUUCCCUGCUGGUCAAAAAUAAACUUUGAUAUUGUAACAUC